GCUAACUGCAUAUGGCAGCUGUCAGGUUAACGUUAGCUUUACAGUAGCUCAGUUACAGUAUCCUAGUUACAGUAGCUUAGUUACAGUAUCCUAGUUACAGUAUCUUAGUUACAGCGUUGCUUCGCUACAAUUCGACGAGGCCGUAGCAUUGCUGCUAACAGGUAUGGCAGGCUGUGGAGAAGGGGACUGUUCAGUGAAUGCCCCGGCACCCACCAAGCUUAUAGAGGAGGGAGGAGACACUUGUGCUACAGACCCCCCCACCCCGGAGUGUGCCAUCUGCCUGCAGAGCUGCAUCCACCCUGUAUGCCUCCCAUGCUGCCACGUCUUCUGUUUCCUGUGCGUGAAAGGCGCCUCCUGGCACAGCAAGCGCUGCGCUCUCUGCCGACAAGAAAUCCCAGAGGACUUCUUGGAGCGGCCGGUCCUGCUCUCACCUGAAGAGCUGAAGGCAGCAGCUGCCGGGGUGAGCCGAAGUGUCGGGACAGGCGGCGGUUCCCGCGGAGACUUUGCAUGGUACUAUGAAGGGCGCAAUGGUUGGUGGCAGUAUGAUGAGAGGACCAGCCGUGAGCUGGAGGAAGCCUUCUCCAAGGGCAGGAAGAGCACAGAGAUGCUGAUUGCAGGGUUUCUUUAUGUAGCUGACCUGGAGAACAUGGUGCAGUAUCGCAGGAAUGAACAUAGCCGCAGACGUAAGAUAAAGCGCGAUGUUGUAGACAUCCCUAAAAAGGGAGUUGCGGGACUGAGGUUAGAUCCUGAACCGGCCCCUAUUCCUGCUUCACCAGUUGUCACCCCAGCUGCCACAGACCGCGUCAGCUCAGCUGACGGAUCGGACACUGCAGGCCAAUCACAGUCUUCAUCUUUCGGGAUAAUGGCGUCGCUUCCCCCUGUUAGACCUCCAACAGUCCUGGGGCGCCAUCUUACCAGUUCUCUUUCAUCCUCACGCUCAACCCUGGAAGAGUCUUUCUCGCAGCUUCUAAUCAGCCAGCCAGAGGGUGAAGAGGUGGAAGGAAACGACGAGGCGCAGACGUACGAUUACACAUCCGGCAGCAGUGAGAGUGAGGAGGAACCCGAGAGAGCAGAAUCGAUGCCACGGAGAAGACAUAGGCAAAGGCCGCUAAGAGAGAGCCAGCCAGCUAGAAUGCCUCCAAGGGGAGGGCCCUCCAGCUUUACGGUCUGUCUCCGCUCACGUAGUCCUGAUGGACAGUGCACUGUGACGGAAGUGUGACUGCGACUCUGCGGCUCCUAAACUUUAUCAGUUCGGCAAAAAAAGUCUAAAAACCAGUAUGCAUCUUUAAAGGUCCAGUGAAAUGGAAAAUACAUUCAUGGUGUUGUCACUUGUGUCACCUAUCAUGUGCCAAAUAUGAUCCUAACAUGCAAUUUAUCUAUUUUUAUAUCCAAACAUUCUUGGGUCAAAGAAAUUGUAAUGUCAUUUUAGUUUUGUGGGGGCAACCCUGCAGGUCUACAGAGUUAACUAGAGGUAGCAGCAGUGACAUGUUAGUCUGCAAAAACAUCAUUUACCGCUCUCGCUAAAAAAAUUUUAAAGUGUGUAGGAUUCAGUCGCUUUUGACAGUGAGGUUUGCAGAUUGCAACCGAAUGAAUACCCCUCACCUUACUUCCUCUUCCAAGCAUGUAGAAGAACCUGUAAAACGCAUAAGGCCCUACCUAAAGCCAGUAUUUAAUUUGUCUGAUCUGAGCUGCUGAAAUAUGGCAAACCCCGUGGAAGAGGACCCGCUCCCUCCCUCUGUAAAAUGAUAUUUUUAGUUGAUUAUACACUAAGGAAAACCUAUUUAUGAAUAUUAUAUUCCAUUUCUGCCACAUUCUGCCGAUGCAUCACCCUAAAUCUUACACACCGGACCUCUGAGACCUGUUGUUGUCCUCCAUACAAUGUUUUGUUUCAUGUUGAAAUUGCCUAAAACCAUCAAAAAAAAGUUACAACAUUGAAGCCAUUUCAAGGGACCUUUAACACAUGAACUAAAGCCUUUCGUUAAAGACUUCAAAAGCUAUUUUCAGCCAGCAAUAUUCUCUACACACUGGUAGUUAUGCAUUGCAUAAGAAGUCUGGGAACUUCACCUGUCACUGCCUUUACAUCAGUUUGUGACAUAGCAAUACAACCUCUUUGAAAUUAAACUUCACCUUCUUCGUUCUCUAAUCUUUAGAGCUCAUGGUUCACAUAUUUUUGUGUGAUUUUUUUCUUUCCUCUCUUUCGGAGGGUCGGUGUAAAAAUCGAGCUUAAAUGUAGCACCUUAACGGACGGUUAAAUCUGCUUGCUUUUUCCUGUUUUGCAGAUGAGGUGAGGUUAAGAAGUUUAGACCAGGACCUAAUGACUAUUUAAACUGGAGUGUGUGUGUAUGUGUGUAUAUGUCUUAAGCGUGUGAGGGGGAGACAGACUUUAUUCCCUCUAUUUUAUUGUGAAAUUCUUGGUUUAAUAAUGGCACGCUGUAUUGUUGUGGCAGUGUUGAGUGCUGAAAAGCUACUGGCAGAACCACUGGAAAGUAAUAGGCUAUAUAUGUCGAGACACAUUUGGAUUUCUAAUUCUUGCCAUGGUACUCUCGAUAGGACUGCUGUCAGAGCACUGGCAGUGACAUGUACUUGGACGCACGAGCUGACCUCAUGAUCUUUUCUCUCUCUCACUUUUUUGCUCCAGAUGCUUUUAUUUUAUUUUCACUGUGUCUUACUGUCUGAAAACAAACGUCUGUCUGUGUGAUGUAUCCCCUGUGGUGUUUUGUCAAGUCAUUAAAGGUGUUUUCUCAAUAAUUUAAA